UUAUAUAAUUUAUGAGAAUAAGUAGUAAGUACAAUAUAAUGACUUUUUCUAUAUUUCCGGACCAAACCGAAUUAAAACGGUUGACCCAUUAACCCUUGACCUACUAACUCGAUCGGGUCAGGGUCAACCCGCGGGUUGACAAGCUUGUUCUAAUGUUCUUCAACGGAAACCCCAAAUCUUUCACCAAGAAGAAGGGGGGAAAAAACCCAAAUCGGCCAGAUCCGCCAUUACUGUUUUACUCCUUCUUGUUACCAUUCCCUGCCCUCUUCAACCCUCCAAAAUGAACUCUGACGCCAUGAAAGCACUCCCGCUCGAUUACCCUUCCAUCAUCGCUCGCCCCGCCACCACCAUUCCCUGCUUCAAAAAACCGCCUGGUAUCUCCCUCUUCUACACCGUCUUUUCUCGAUUCUCCGACACCUUCGUGUUCCUGAUCGUCGCGCUACUCUCCUACUCCGGCCUCGUCGUCACCGCCACAAUUGGCACCCAGACCUCUCUCGGUCGAAAUGGAAGAAUCUUCUUCCUAGGGUUUCUCACCGGCUUAGCAUAUCCGUUUAUCUUCCUCUAUUUCCACAAGAUUCACCAGUGGAGGAAGACGGAGUUCGCUCAGCGAGUCUUCUUCUCACCUCCUGGGAUUCCAUCCCAAUGCGUCGGGUUCACAAUCAAGAUGGGUUUGUACUUAUUCUAUGUCUGGGGUGGUGUCUACAGCUCCGCGCUUGCUCUGACUGUAUUUUUUGGCAUCCUGAUGAUGGUUUCUAUGUACUUGUCCUUGAGGCCGGCCUUCGACUACUACAUUAUUGAUAGCUCAUUGAGUGGCCUUUGUCUCUAUGUUUUACUUGCGAAGAGGGACGUCAAUGGAGAUGCAGACUCGAUGGUUUUCCUCCCUUGGCUCGUUGGUACUUUGUGUUUUCUGAUUGUGGCAUUCCGUCACUACUUCGAAGGGAAAGCCAACAAGGCUGAAAACCCAGAGGCGGAGGCAGUAGCCAAAUAGAGGAGUAUUUUUCUAUGGCUGAUGGUUUGUCAAAGAAGCCUGGAGAUAGCCCUACAGCAGUUUAUGGCUUUUUUUCUUGUUCGUUCCUGCUCGUUGUAGUGUUGUUUUCUUUUAGAGUUUUCAGAUAGUGGUAAUGGCCAACUAUUGUAAUGAAUGAUGUUAGUAUCC